ACUAGGCCACUUGGGCUAUCAGGUGACUGCUACCAUGAGUCUAGGCAUCAUGGAAGAGGAAGACCUGGCAGAAUACUUCCGGCUCCAGUAUGGAGAGCGGCUGCUGCAACUUCUGCAAAAGUUCCCAAAUGUGGAGGACCAGCCAUAUUCCCCAUCUAUCCGGUUCCUGGAGAAGAAGAAGGAAGCCAAAGUCAUGCACCAAGCCAUGGAGAAGAAAAAGGAGGCAUUCCAGCGCAGAAUGGAAACCCUGAACCUACGCUGGGAGGAACUGGGUGUGAAGGAAGAACAGCUGAAAGCUCACAUCCAUAAGUUCGAGCAAUUCAUCCAGGAGAACGACCAGAAAAGGAUCCGCGCCCUGAAGAAAGCCAACAAGGAGCGGGAGUUGAAGAGGCAGCACCUGCGAGAGCUGGCCAAGGCCAAGCAGGAGAUGGCUGCCCUGCGGCUGGAGCACCAACGGCUCACCAGCAAGCUGCAGGACUACUCCAUCUUCAACAAGUAUCUGGAGAAGGUGGUGGAGAACUCAGAGUUCGAGGAGAUCCACGAGGUGAUUGCGCGCUACAAGACGCUGGUGAGCAUGCACCAUGACCUUAUGCAGUCGGCGCAAGAGGGCCAGGAAAAGAUUGAGCGCGCCAAGGCACGCCUGUCCCGCUACAUGGAAGAGAAGGACGACGAGAUCCUCCAGCACAACAACGAACUGGCGCGGCUGCAGAUGCGCUUCGACCGCGCCCGCAGCGACGUCAUCUUCUGGGAAUCUCGCUGGGCACACAUUCAGAACACUGCCGCCAAAAAGACCCUCCUUCUUGGUACCAUUAAGAUGGCGACCCUGAACCUCUUCCAGAUCGUGAGCAAGCAGCUGAAGGAGACGAGUUCCGUGUCCCUGGAGGACACCCAUAAACAACUGGACAUGAUUCAGCAGUUUAUCCAAGAUCUGUCAGACAUCUGGGCAGAGGUGAAGAAGAAAGAACAGCAGCAAGUCCGGGUGUAA